AUGUCUCUCGAUAUCAGCAAAGAAGACGCUGUGAGAUUGAGGGAAAUCGAGGUCAAAAAAUUGGUGGCCAAUGAAUGGAAGGUAUUGCAUGAAGAGCUGCCAAUUAUUCAGAAAUCAAAAGGUAGAAAGGAUAUCAAGGAUAUUCCUACAAUGAAUAGAAUUAAAGAAAUAGUCUGCCAAAGAAUUGGAUAUGUUGCUACAUUCAUCUUCUUACAUACUGUUGGUACUAUCUGUGGAUGGUUAGAAGGUCCUUAUCGUAAUGUGGGCAAAAUCUUAUUAAUUCUUUACAUGUUACUUGAAAAUGAAACAUUCGGAUCCUUAAAUGAGAGGAGAAUUAUCGCAAGAAUGUUUUCAAAUCCUAUUAUUCGAUGUCUUACUGGUAUAAUUGAAAACGAAAAAGGCUUCAAGGAUGGAACCACUUUUUUAGAUGGUCAUGAUACACGUAUUGAAUAUAGUAAUUUAGCCAAAUAUCCUAAAAGGGAGUAUUGGAGUUACAAAUAUAAAGAUUCUGGAUUAAGAACUCAAGUAUUGAUGGAUAAUCAAGAAUUAGCAAUUGCUAUUUCGAAAUCCCUACCAUGUGCUCCUAAUACAGACAUUGGUAUGUUCAAGCAAAUGGAGAGAAUUUCAAAACUAUUAGAUCCUAGUGUGGAUGUAUUGUAUUUUGAUGGUGGUUAUUUCUUGGGAAUUCCUGAUUAUAUUGAAAAAUUGCAAGAAAAAGGAUAUGAUCUUGAUGAGUCAAAUUUCAGAACUCCAAUUAGAAAACCAAGAAAUCAAGAUCUAACAUACAGUGAAGCACAAUAUAAUGAAGAAUUUGGUGCUUUUCGUGAAAAAUAUAAUAUUCAAGUAUUAGAUCACCACAAGGAAUGGAUGCGUUCAGACUUUGAUUUUCCUAUAGAAAAGCCAAAAUUAUUAAGACCCUCUGUUAAUGUUGUCCGUCAAAAAGAAUAUGCAGAGGAAAAAAGAAAAGCUCAAUGUAACCUUAUUGCUAAAAUGUUGACAAUGAGUGACACUGAAUUAAUGACACUAUCAACUCGUGAAAUUCUAGAAUAUUCACAUAAUUCUAAUCCAGUACAAGUCGGUGAUGAAGGAUCAGAAAGCGGCUCGGAUAAUGAACUUCCAAGAAAUCUACAAGAAAGUGAUUCUGAUAACGAAGGAUCUGAGAGCAGUUCUGAUAAUGAAAGAUCCAAUUCGCAAGCCUCAAGCAUCAUUUAA